CACGGGGGAGACGUCAUCACGCAGGAACCUAUGACGCGUGAAAAGUUUUAAAUAGUUUGAGAGCGGAGGGAGGGCUCGGACUAUGCUCGGACAGGAGUUAGGCUAUGGAACGAGGAGUAGACCGGGAGUUCAUUCACACUUGUUCCCUCUGGACCUUUAUCCUCACCUUGGUUCCAAUCUUCUCGUCACUCGUUGAGGGUCAGCCUCAGGUGAUUGGGUCAUCUCAGCCAAUCAUCGCUGCCCCAGGUGAUGAUGUCAUCCUGCCAUGCCACCUGGAGCCUGCAGUCGAUGCUCGGGGGUUAACGGUGGAGUGGUCGAGGCCUGAUCUGAAACCUGACCCCUCAGAUCGGUGGAGCUGGGUCAGGUAUGUGCACCUGUACCGGGACAGGCGAGACGACUUGGACAUGAAGAUCCCAUCAUACAUCAGGAGGACGACGCUGUUCACAGACGACAUGAAACAUGGAAACAUUUCACUCAAAGUCAUGAACAUAACAUCUGAGGAUGAAGGAAGAUUCAAGUGUUUCAUCCCAAAUUUAAAGAGCACGGUGAAGUUUUCCUUUGUUCAACUUGUUGUUGAUCCAAACUUAUUUACGACAGAGAUGCCGCUGGAUCCCAGAAAUGUCAGGACUCCAGGUCCAGACAGUCAGACCAGACUCGGCAUUUGGAUCCUGGGCGUGGUCGGCUGCAUCGUGCCCUGCCUGGCUGUUACAGUCGGAGGAUAUUUUAUCAUACGACGGCGUCAAAAACAAGUUAACACCUUGCCAGCACCAACACUGGGACAGUGACCGUGUGACAGACUUAAAAGUUACAGCUGCGCUAGCAGGAUGUGGAAAAAGUCCAGUGUCUGGAAUAAAAAGUCGAGUGGCAGAUAUGACAAAGAAAACGGGCAAAUCACAGAUCGACAAAGAGUUUGGCAAAUCACACGAGAACUGUAAGUAACACUGUAAGUAACAGCUGAGCUGUCGUACAACUUUCUUAUACCUCGUGCCGGGAGGCCUUAUGUUUUCAGGUUGUCCGUCCGUCUGUCCUGAAUGCGAUGCGUCUGUAUCAAGUUUGGUGCAAACGUUCACUUGGUGGUCAAAGGUCAAAGGUCACUGUGAGAGCACAAAACACAUUAACUACAACUACAAAGUCUGUAAAAGACAAUGAAAAGACACAGUCAUGACAGCUGUAUGUUCACCCAGUUGUUAAAUAUGAAGCAAAAGAGACUUAAAACAUUGAAUGAGGUCAAAUUGAUUCCAAAGAGAAAAGGAAGGUUCACCAUGUGUUCACUGUUUAUCCAGGGUGAGGAGUUUACCUCCAGCCAAGGUGUCUCGUUCGAGGGAACUUUGACGGUUGUUGAUGAAGAUGGCGGCAUUGUUCAUCUACCUCCCCUGGACCUCUUUGAGGAUUCAAACCAGCAACACCACCAGUCACAGGUUGACUCACAAGACCAGCAGGAGUGAGAUCUUUAUAGUGGAUACACUAACGACCAUAUGUAAAUCUUGGUAAGACAAAGACAAGUGUGACAUGAAUUUGAACUUUUAUCCAAGCUGACGACUGUUCAUACAACUACUCAUAACAGGACAUAACCAAGCGCCAUCCGAAGAACAAAACAUUUACUACUGCCAACAAAGAAGAAAUGAGUCGGACAGUUUCAACUUCAGGCUUUUCAAGAAACCGUGCCAGGCAUGUGUCAACUACAGUCUGAUCUCAGAAACACUCCCUGCACACUGACAAAAGAGGUGUUUUAAUAAAUGAUUCAUUUUGCAUCCUCUACCCACCUUUACUUCUGAGUUGGCAAACUAGUUUCUUACAACAGAAGUAUAUGAGUCAUUAGAAAGGUUAACUGCCCACAAAGGCUGUAAAAACAAACAUAUCAGCUAUUCUUGUAAAUAAUAACGGCCUUUUUGAAACAGAGGUUUUUCUGAUUUUAAUUUAAUUUGUGAACAGUCACAGUGUUGCAGUUUGUUAAACUUUUGAUGCUCUGCAGAAUGUGACCAGUUUACAGGUCUUCCUCAAGAGUGAUGUUUAUUCAUGUGUAAACGGGAGCCAGAAAUGUAUAUAAAUAAGUUCACUGUGGCCAAGAAACCUCAUGUUGCAUUCAAAGCUCAGAAAACACCAGCACCUACCUCUGACUUCAGCUGAGUUUAACUGAAAAUGCCAGUAACCAAACAGUACAGCUGCUCGCCUUCAUAAACCUGCAGCUGACCUGUUUAUCAUCUGUAUUUUACUGCUCUAGUGCAAAUCUCAUGUUCUAUUGGUGAUUAAUUUAUUUGUAUUUUUGUACAUAACUGUUAACAUUGUAAAAUAUAUUCUGUUCUGUUUGGAGGAAGGGUUGGCUGUGGGUGGUGAGAAUGGGAGAGUUAUUGUGUGCCUCUUGUUAAAGUCAUAUAUUUUCACAGUUUUGCACUGAAACCAUGUGAACUCUAUGUAUCCAGGACAUGAAGGGCGUGAACUGUGAUGUUAAUGACCUCUGUAAGUGAGUGAAGUGAUAACUUACAUUAAUGACAUUCAGCUGUGAUCAGUCUGCACUGAUAAUGAACUGUUAUGGGCAGGUCUACUAAAGGGAAGGAGCUAAGAACUAAGCUGUGCAUAUUUUCUGUCACUGUAAAGGAAUGAAAUAAAAUAAAAGUGCAACAAUCA